AUGUUUGGGGAAAUCCUCGAGUGCGUGCUCGAGUUCAUUGGCUCCCACAGCGAGCAGUAUGGCUGCAGCGGGGCGGAGCUUCUCUCCUUCGUCUCCACCGACGUGCUGCCUUACUACGGUCUCGCGGACCAUGCCACACUGCGGCAGAUGGUGCUGGAUCUCCUGCUGGGCGUGAGUGGCGAGGUAAGUGUCAACCGCGGCGGUAAAACGGUGGCGCCGUCCGAGCUGACGAGUGGCACGGUGGCGUACGACCAGUGCACCUUUUGCCCCAGCCUGGCCUUACAGGAAAGGACGUUGGGUGUGUCGCUUCGCUUCAAGAACGUCCGCGCCGCUGUGAACUAUGCCUGCGACAACCUUGUGACAGGGAUCCGCCGCAUUCAGAAUACCGCGGCCAGUAAACAGAAGGACAGACGCCCGGCUGUGACAGGCCUGGGGGUUGGUAUCCGGCGGCUGCUGCGAGAGCAGUGGCUGCGCGUACUGUACGUCUGCGGGGCAGAAGAAUUCCCGCUGGUGCCGUAUCUUUUGCCGCACUUUGCCACCCCGCCGCGGCGCGAUCAGCCGAAGCGGCGUCUUCGGCCCCUGGAGGCAUAUUUAGAGCGGCGUCGUGCGGAACUUCGGCCGCCACGUGUCGCCAUCGAUCCCAUGGUGGCACGACAGAUUGUCGUGGCCUCGCCGGAGCGGCGGCUGGUCUUUGAGGACGCCGUUCACGCCAUAUUUUCGGCCCACGGCCACGAGGUGCCGGCAGUGGACGGGCGAAAGAUGCGUUUUGCAAUGCGACGCAUGCUGGUGUCCGUGGGCCUGUGCAUCGUCGUGGCGUCUGUUCUCGUCAAGCACAGGCGGCAUCAGGUGCGGGUCGUGGCCGUCGACAGGGGUCCGGUAGCAUCUGACAACGAUAGUGACGAUGGUGACGACGAAGACUUGAGUGAGGCAUCGAAUGCCAACGACGACGAUGGAGACGACGACGACGACGACGACGACGACAGGGAUGAAAGCAACGAAGAGGAGGGCGGCGGCGACGUGCCUUUCUGCGUCGACCCCUCGUGCCCGCUGGCGCUGCAGGUGGCGAAAGAGGCAGAGCGGCGGCCGCUGGCGGUGGAGUCAGUGCUGCCGCGCGUCACGCUGUACGACAUGCGGGCCACCGAGAACGAACUGCACCGCUUUACCCGGCAGUUUGAGGAACGCUGGGGCACCAUUGAAAGCACCAACGUGCUGAGCCGCCACAGCAAAGCCUUCACGCGUCUUUUGCGACCGAAGGGGUGGGGGGACGCCCGUGCUGGUAGCGGCGGCAGCGUGGCUUCUUUGGAGGGGGAGGAGGCGAAGCUGGCGAAGGGGGUCUCGAGUUGGGCCGUUAAUAGAGUCAUGGAGGCACUGUGUGCGGCCCCCGCUCAGGCGCUAGUGCUGCCGGAUAUCUCGCGCAUCGUCGACCGCCGCACGCUGGGUCGCGUCAUUCCGUACCUGCGCGGCCAGGGCCUGGUGGCGACGACGGGUAUGACGUCCCCCAAGGGCAGACGGAUUGGCGUCGUUGCUAUUGCCGGCGUGGAGUUGACGGCAGAGGCGCGGGAGACGUUGAUGCAGUCGUAUCUUGACAGUCUUUCCGCCCGCGGGCAGAAGCGGCAGCAGUCGACAGUGCUGCUGCAGCGCUUGCCAGAGCCGGCGGAGGGUGGCAUGGGGCACUCUGCCGCCGCCGCCGCCAUUGCGAAGUCCUGUGCAAGAAGCGCGCGCCUGGUCGCCAAGGUCACGAUGGUGCGCAACGGCUACAGCCGGGUUGGACUGUUCCGCCUUUCACGAGUGCAUGUAGAGCUUUGGCGUGUGUGGUGCACCCUCGGGCAGGCGCCCAGCACCCCAAUGACGCUUGAGCGGGUGCUGCAGGAGAUGAGCCUGAGCUCCUUUUGUAUUACGGUCGGCGUGGCGGACGUGGACGUGGGUGAGUACGUUGGCGGGGCGUCCCUGAAGGCCUGUGCGUGGGGGACACCCAUCCGCCGGCUUCCCCCCUCGCUGCAGGAGCACUGCCGCUGCUCUGGAGUGCAGCCGCUGCUGCAUUCCCUCGCUGGUUUGCAGUCACAGGGCCUCGUGGUGAGUGAGACAUCGCUCGUGGCCUACUUGGAUGUGCCGCUUGCGGAGGUGUCGAUCGCUCUCGCUGCCACCGCGUUGGAUGGGCAGCAUCGCCAGCACGUUUUUUGUGACGACGCCGGCAUGACACCGCAAGACACCUGUCGCGCGGUGCUGAAGUUUUGGAGCGACUCGUGGGCAGCGGUGGGCCUAGCGCACGAGUCGUACCGCGCUGUGGGGCUCAUCCGUGCUGUCGCAGCGACGGAGCCGAAUUUGUCGAACGCGCAGCUGAUUGCUCUUGCACGGCUGCUGCGCAUGGACCCGGGAAUCCUCGCGGAGCACAUCCUGCAGCGUCAGGGCGUCCUUCGCGCGCGGAAGCGCACUCUCCACGACGCGAUGCAGGUCGAGGAGUACGAGCGAGGCCACAAUGACCUUCAGCGCCCCCCCCACCCGCGGCGCCGCGUCGAGGUGAACGGGGCGACAAUGGCCGAGACGCUCGAGACAAUUCUUCAGUCCGACGAGCCGGACCGCGGCCUGGCACACCUUCAGGUGCUUGUGCGACGCCACAGCAAAUCCGCGCAUUUCUCGCGCUACAAUCCGUACAGCACACGCGUGCACGGCAGCAUGCAGACCCUGGUGCAGAGCAUCAUAAGCGCGGUGCGGGACCGGCAGAGCGGGAGAGCGGCCGUCGUGCAGUCAGUGGUGUCACCCAAUUUUGCAUCCGCCCCCGAAGCUGCGGUGGGAGGUGGAUGUGGGGAGGAAGAACGGCAUGCCACCGGUGUUCCUGCCGCGGAGGAGAAGUGUCGCGGGAGCGCUCCCCACGGGCCCCCGUCGGAGGCGCUGCAGGAUGUCCUGCGGAUGAUCCUGCUGAGUGACGAGGCACACUAUGACGCCGUCGCAGCGAAGGCUCUACUCGCACAGUUUCCAGAGGAGGAACAGCGUCGCUGCAUCGACUGGCUGCUGACUUUUCCGUCCUUUCGCAUCCGCUCGGGUGGUCCCGGUCGGCUGCCGCGCAUUGAAUUGUCGCCUAUUCUUACUUUUGUGCCGGCGGCGCUGGUGACAACCGUGACACACGGUCAGAGCCCGGCCUCCACCCUCGUGCAGGACCUCACUGUUUCACUGCUCUUCACCCCACAGUCAAACUGCCAGCGGUGGUGCGUACCGCCGGUCGCACCGACGGAGCAGACGGAGGGGUGGGACCUGCUGCGCUGGGCUCCGCGCCUUGUGGAACAGCCCUGCUUGAAUCUCGACUCACUCGCCGAAGAGAUUCGGGAGCAGAAGGGGCUCGGUGUGCUGCGGCUGCCGCGCUUUGUGUGGCCACCACACCCGGCCACUGCACGUAAGACGCCCCCUCCGCCCGGCAUGCCUGCCGCUAACCCUACGGUGACUCCUGAAAGGGCGUCAGCAUCAGCAACGACGCGACGCGUCGCGGAGCCGUACCCCGCGCGCGGUUUGCUUCGCCCGUGGCAGCAGUUACGGCACCUCGAGCUUCGCGACAUCCCCGUCGACCCGCCCCCCUCCGCCGAACAGGUGACAAUGGCACGCGCUGCAAUUGUGACGCCACAAGAGGGAGCACCAUCGCCACGAUUUCCAAGUAUAUUCCACCACGUGGAUGGUUCUUUGCAUGAAUUUGUCUGGCGCUCGUUCCUCUUCGCCGUUUACGGCCUCGUGCACCAUUCCCCUGGCAUCACGGAGGAGCAGCUGCUGCAGCGGUUACAAGUGAGCGGACUUGUGAGUGGUGCCUCGUGUCGUGUGGCGCUAGAGUUUCUGAAGGCAUCGCUAGUGAUUGUGGCGCGCCGGGUGUUGGUGCCGUGCAGAGGGGAUGCGCAAAGUCCGUUCUGCGCCUCCGCCGCGACGUGUAGGUACAUCGAAUGCUACUUCUGCACCAUCGCCCAGGGUGGCCCGUGGAGGAUCAUGGAGCUGUAA